AUUAUUGCGCUAAAAACUCAUCAAAACAUAAUUAAAAAAUAUUGAAAAUAUGUUUGACACUAUUUUGAAAAUAUUUCAACUGUUUUACUGUUAAGUAUUUAAAUCAAUAUUUUAUUCAUUAGUUAUAUUAUAACUAAACUCGCAAGCACCGGACGAUGAAAUACUACAAUAUUCCACCGUUUAUAAAUGACAUUCCUCUGUUUUCUGAUUAUAAAACGUACUAUAAAAUAAUAAUUAUCUGAAAAUAAAUAUUAAGUAUACAUAGUUGAGGUAUAGCCUUCAAUGAACCAACUAUUUUGUUUAUUCAUCACAAGGUGAUUACUUUUUUAGCUUCUAUUAUAAGAUAAUAACUCAAGUAGGUAACAAGUCAAAAACAACAUUUAUUAAUUAUAACACCCACCUUUGUGUUGAAGUAAUCAUUUUAUAAUCAUAUUAUGAAGUACAAUCCAAUGAAAUAUAUGAUAUUAUAAGAUUUUGCGAAUUAAAACAUUCGUAUUAUCAACUUAGUGACUAAAUCACUUUACUCGAUAAGAGUAAACUAUGAAGUAAAAAAAAGUGACGCAUUAAAAUCACAGUUAUUACAUUAUUAAUGUCAAAAGGAAAAUAACAGUCACAAAAAUAACAAAUAUCAAAAAUACAAUUUAAAACUUAUUUCAAUUUCAAAUAGAUGUACCUAAUUUAAUCUUAGUUAUUUUUUAUUUUAACCGGGAUCAUACAUACAAUGGCUAGCAACGGAUUGGCGAAACAAAUAUUCGCUACUAUAUCAGCGUCUUUGUCGAUAUUUAUCGCCGGCUGUUGGCUCGGGUGGCCAGCCGCUACCACCGACAAGUUUUUAAACCACCAGACGGGCAUCGAAGUGACGUACCCUCAGUUAUCGUGGAUCGUAUCUUGUAUGGACAUAGGAAACGUGCUCAGCCCGAUUCCGGCUGGUUUUUUGAUGGACCGAUUCGGUCGGAAAAAAACCGUCAUUUUUCUGGGACCGGUGUUCAUCGUUUCCUGGGCACUGCCCGUGUUCCUGAACCAUAUUUGGGCAUUAUACCUGGCCAGAUUCUUGGGCGGCGUAGGCAAAGGAGUGUCCUACACUGUGGUGCCGAUAUUCCUGGGCGAGAUAGCCGGAGUGAAAAUCCGCGGAGCCCUGAGUUCGGUGUUUACCAUUCAAUUGGCAGCCGGUAUGUUGUUCGAGCUCGUUGUUGGGCCUAUCGUGACGUACAAGACUCUGAACGCCAUUUCGGCGGUGGUGCCCGUGCUUUUCUUCAUUCUGUUCAUUUGGAUAGCCGAAUCUCCGUAUUACUUGCUGAAAAAUGGCCGCCGCGACCAGGCGGCCAAAUGCCUCGGCUGGUACAGGGCCGGCGACGACUCGGAAUUACAACUGAUGGAGGCGACCGUCCAAGAGGAAAUGAUGAACAAAGGAACGUACAGUGAACUUUUUACGAACAAGAAAAAUCUGAAAGUGCUGUUCAUCGUGGUCUCCGCGUGUUUCUCCCAGCGGGCAGGAGGCGUCAGCAGCCUGAUAGCCUUUGGGUCCCUAUCACUUCCCGACCCGUCGCCGCUGGUCAGCAAAUCCAACUACAUUGUCCUGUUUGGAAUCCUGCACGUGGCCUUAUCGUUCGUCGGCAUGUCUCUGGUCGACGUCGUCGGUAGAAAACCGCUGUUGAUACUGUCCGAAGCAUCGCUGGGAGUGAUAACCUUCGUGUACGGGCUUUAUUUCUACGUGGGGAUGUACACGGACGUGUCCCAGUACAAUUGGGUGCCGUACGCGUGCUAUGAAAUGUUCUCCGUCAUGUAUGCUUUGGGCGUAGGCUUCAUUCCGGUGGUGUUUUUAGGCGAAAUGCUCCCGGUCAACGUGCGCGCCCACGGGUCUGCUGUCAUGUCGAUUGCGUUGGCAUUUAGUUCGUUGGUUUCCAACAAGAUGUAUCUGUUCGUAUCGACCACGUACGGGUUCCACGUUAUUUUGUGGGUUUACACGGUGGUGAAUUUAGUGUGCGCCUUUUUGGCCUACAAAAUGGCCCUGGAAACCAAAGGUAAAACGUUCCUAGAAAUUCAAAACAUGUUGGAAAACAGUGGAAAAAAUGGUUCGGAAGGAAAAAUCAACGCGAAAACAUAAAAGCAUAGUAAUAUUAUACUAACUUUGACGAUACAAUUUUACGGUUUACUUCGAUGCUUGAGUGGACAUAAAAAUUCCCUGCUAGUUAUUUUUAAAGUCGCUCUCGAUCAUCAAAAAAGACUCUUGUCUAUCUAUUACAUUCCUCUAUAUAGACAUAAUUAGUUAAUAACUAAUAAUGUUUAACACUUGGAAUAAUUUUAUUAUAAGAGUAAUUAGUAAAGCAUAUAUUGCACACCUAGAUCAAAACUGUAGGAACUUAAAAAAACUUAUUUUCAAGUUUAAUUACUUUAACUUGUUGAUUAAACUUAAACUGUUUAUUUUAAUAAAACAGUUUUGUACAACCAACUUGCGUGCAAUCCGCUUGAUAUCCGAACAAAAACUAAAGUUUUAAACGGUUUUGGUAGUUAGAAUUAUGGAAUUAGUCAUUUUUACAAAAGGUGCUUACAGCUUAAAUUUGUUUUGUUGGCUCAUGCAACUUCGUUUGUAGAAUCCGAAUAUACAAAUAACUAAAAAUAGGUACUCACUUUUUGAGUUGUUACAGUUUUGAUCUUGGUGUGCGACAUGAAAAAUAAGAACAUUUUGUUUAACUUAAUAACUUAUAUAUAUAGAUAUAUAUAUUUAUUAGUUUACGUUCUUCAUAUUUUAUUAUAUUUUGUGUAUUAAUAUUACCUUGUUAUCUUGUUUAUGUAAAUAAUACCUACGAGAAUUUUAUUUUAACUCUGUACACUUUUUCCAACACCACAAAACUUUUGCAUUAUAUAAUAAGAUAACAAUUUGACGAUAAUAAAUUAUGAUAGAUCAAGACAGACAUAUUAUUAACCAUGUAUUAGUUAGAAAGGGGCCUAACCUAACCGGGGGAUGUUCGAAAUUUAUUUCAAAUUAUUAGAAAAGUUAGGUUAAUUUAUAUCUGAAAAUAUACAAAAAGAAAAAUGUAUGAAACUUAAGAUAUACAGUUAUAUUAUGCUGUGGUAGCCAAUCAGGCAAUCACCCGGUAUUAUUCAACUACAAACUAUACUGAAUAUUAUGGUUAUAAUGAGAAUGAUGUAAAAUGGAAAUUAUUAGACCUUUAAAGCACUCGCAAUAUAUUAAUACACUUAAUUAUAAUCUUAGCUCUGACUUGAUCACUACAGACGAAUAAUUUACUAUUCGGAUUAUCUUACUACAAUUACAUUAUGAUAAUUAAAUAAUGAUCAAAUACAAUUAUAGAAUUGCAAUUAACGACAUAAUCAUAUAUGAAUAAUUGCAAUGACAUAAUAAAUAAUUAUAAUAUCGGUCACAUUUAAGUGUUUCCAAUUUUUCACCAUUAUUUUAAUCGUAGGACCAAUGCCUUAACACUACCAAACCAAAGUUGAAUAAAAAUAAACCCAGUAAAGUAAUUAAUAUAGUGACAAUACACCAAAUGAUGUUCAGCCGAUGUUUAUCAUGUUUAGAGAUAAUCAUCCAUUAUAUAGUUGGGUAUUUUAAUUUGCUAAUCUAUUGUCAGCAGUUUAUUAUACACAUAUUUUGAAUU